UCUUUCUCGAGCACUUCCUCUGCAUCCAUUGGACCAUCAUCCAUACAUAUAUAUACAAAGCCGUCAUUCCAUUCCUCCCCCACCAACACAGCAAACGACACAGCUUCUUCCCCUCCUCCCUCGACGAAAUCGAAAAUCGACUCGAUUCGAUUCCACUUUAAACUAAGUAACGUGCAGCAGAUCCAUGGUGAAACCUUCCGCCAGCGAGAAAGAAGCAGCAGAAAGAAGUGACUCUUCCCGGUACAAGGGAGUAAGAAAGAGGAAAUGGGGGAAAUGGGUAUCAGAAAUCAGACUUCCCAAUAGCAGGGAAAGAAUAUGGCUUGGUUCUUAUGACACCCCAGAGAAAGCAGCUAGGGCUUUUGAUGCUGCCCUGUUCUGCUUGAGAGGUCGUAACGCCAAGUUCAAUUUCCCAAAUAGCCCACCUCAAAUCCCUGGUGCCGAAUCCCUCUCACACCCGCAAAUUCGAGCUGCUGCUGCCAGAUUUGCGAACGAGAAACAAUCACGAAAUCAUCAAUCACAGCCGCAAGAUCCUCAUUCACUAUCCACGUCUGAGUAUGCUUCCCCGUCGUCGACUUCGGAUGGGGCAGCAGCGGCGGAGAGUGAUGCGUCCAUCGAUUGGUCGUUCUUCGAUACGUUGCCGUCGUUGGAACUUGGCGAAGGAAUGUCAGAUUUUGGGAGACUUUCUGAGAUUCCAGAUUACUCUACCCAGUAUUUCGCCCCUCCUCAACCAAGUUCUUCUACCACUACUGCUACUGAAACUCCAACUUUUGAUGUUGUUGAUGAAGAAGAAGAUGGAGUGGACAAUGGAUCUGGGAUCCAUCAACAUCGUUCAUUUCUCUGGAACUUUUAAGGAUUAUUCUUCCAAAGGUUCCAAUCUCCCCGUAUAAUAUAAUAGUGACUGUAGUACUGUACAGUCGUACGCUUGACUGUACUGGAAUGGAGAGUUGACUCGGUGUUAGUCGGGAUUUUGGCGAGUUUUUUUGAAGCGCCGGAAUACUGACAUUUUGCUCAACGCCCGGACGAAUUCUUUUGGGGCGCCGGAUGGCCGUUCACCUUUUUUUCUUAUUAGUGACGUCAUCUCUCUUCUUUUUCUAUUUUUUUACCCUUACCCCUUUUUAUUUUGUUCCCAAAAAAAUUUAAAUUAAAACCAUACCUUUAGGUCAUAAUAAUAUCUUAGCUGAUUAGUUCAACUGUAAAACCCAAGCACCCCAUCUCUCUCUUUUGUUUUUUGGUUGCAUAAGCAAUUCUUUAUGAUAUUAAUGAAAUACUUUUGAUAUUUCCUUC